AUGCUCUAUGCUUCCUUCUCAUACCGAGAAGAUGGUUGGGAGUUUGUGGAGGAGCGGGGGUAUCCUGGAGACGCCCCACCGGACAUUUGGUUGGAUGUUAGCGAGAGGGAAUGUAUAUCCUAUCCGGAGGCAUGUCACGCUCGGUACAGACUCCUGGGAAUAUUUGGUGUUAUCUUCGCCUGCCUAGCGGCUCUCUGUGUGCUCAUACCAUGUCUCUUAGACUGGUAUAUGGAUAUGUUACUUGAUAGCAUUAUCACGGAUCACAUAGAUCAGGAGGCCCAGUUGAAAGCUGAGGAGAAGCGUCGUAAAUUGCGUAGGGAGGCGCAGAGUAGAGCGGUGGUUGAAGCGUGGGAGGUCUCUCGUGGAGGAGGAGGCGGACUUAGUCAUGAUAUGGUGAUGGGCACAUGA